CCCUAAAUUUGGAGCUGUCCACUUGCAACUAGUUCGGAUCCUUGCUUGCAGAUCCAGUUCAGAAUUCAUCUCAUUUUGGACCGAGGACAUAUUGAAUUGAUGAAGGAUUGAAGAACUUGGCACACGAUGGCAGAACGCCAGCCACGUACCCGGACGCAAAUUCUAAAGGAGAGGGUGGAGGAGAAAAUCAACCACUUCAAAGACCUUGCAAGCCAACAAGGUCUGACAGGAUCUGACAUCGAUGACUGCAUCAUUUUAGCACUCAAGGCUAACAAAAGACAGUCUAAACCGGCUUCAAAAUUGUGGAGAAAUCUAGCUCAAGGGACAAUCAUCUUUUCAGUCAUCUUGCUCUGUCUAUGGGUUGUAAUCAUUAACCACAAACCAACCAAGCAAUUCUUUGAACUCCUGUUUUUUAAGACGUCUUAUCCGGUAAUGAGAGCUGUUCGAUUGUUAAGUCUACCGCUUGCAAGGAGAGUCGAUUUAAGUUACAUCUAUUACUCAGAAUGUGCCUUACCGAAUCCCCUGUAUCAUGGUGCUACUGAUUUUCCCGACUGCUAUCCAUGCACAGUUGUGUCUAGUAUUGAAGUCAUCGAAGGUGCUUCAGGCUAUUUUAGUUUCGGACGUCCUUUCAUGUUUAAGGAUCCAAAAGUCAAUCAGUUCACAUAUGGCGACAUGCAGACAUGGCACAGUAAAAACCAGAAGAUUUUCAGCCAAACCAGAGCGGAUCAUGUUCAAUCUUCCAAUCCAUUUGUGCAUUCAACAGCUGAUCUAUUUACAGAGGAGAGAGUUGAGGAUGAUCUUGAACAGUCUCCAUUUUCAUUUGAGUGGAGAGUAGCCAGUGCUGGUAGUGUGCGUCUAGUUAGGAACCUUUGUGGUAAACCGAGCUUUAUUCCUUCUGGGUCAGAGGUCAUUCCUGAGAUGUUCCUCAUCAUCGAUUCUUCCUCAUCUUAUCCUCAUAAUAUGCCUAAACCGUCUUUCCCUGGCUAUGCCUGGAUAUCACAAUCUCACGGAUCAAGAGAGAUAGUCUUGUCUCCAGUCCCACAAUGCAAGAACAACUGCACGGACGUCUCACUCUUACUGGAACCCGGCAAUGUUUUGUUCCUUGAUACAAGAUACUGGGAGCUUCAGUCCUUUCCAUUCGGAGAUGGCGGCAUCAGCGUGUCCUGUCUGGGUUCCUUUGCAUGAUCAUAGGCAUCUACUCAGUCCUAGAACCUUGCAGAGUCCAUCCGUCUUGCAGCCCGUCAGAUAUUCCAAGUUCGAAGACCAGCAAUGCCUGCCAGAGAUUUCAGGCAGGGAAGAGUGGCUCAGCUUGAGACCACCAGCCAUUGUGUGUGAAUGUAUAUGGGGAUAGACAAUGAUAAAGGUGUGAAAAAGAGAUUUGGCGCAUGAGCAAGAGGGCGCCAUGACAUUUGCUUAUGUCGAGCCUUUAUAUUUCCAUAGGUCAGAGAACUUUCAU